CUCUUCACGACGACCGUGAUCAGGGACCAUCCAUGGAUGUCAUGCAUCCGCUUCUCAACCAACCCCGAGGCGGGUCCUGUAGCGCAGAGAAUCGCCCAGGUUCGUCCGAUGGGAGGUCCAAGGGUCGACCGUCCUGUGGUCAAGCACAACGAUGCUAGGUAGGCAGGUGGGUGACCCGUAGAUCUCCCACCGGCGGCGGGCCGCCAUAUAUGGCACGGCGACAUUCGGAGAAGAAGAAAGUCCACCGCGAUGACCGAUGAACAAUCCGUGGUCAUUGUUAUUUAUUUAUUUAUUCUAUUGUCCCCCAGAACGGUGACGGUAGGGGUAGUAGUCGUCCCUCGGAAGAGCGCCCGUGGAUUGGAAUUCCGUCUGAUGGGAAGAACAUCCGUCGGGUCAUUAUCGUCACCAUCAUCACCGUCCUGCCUGGGCGGCCGGCGGCUGAGGAGCAGUAGGGACAGUGUCGGCACACGAGCCAACCACUCCACCCACGUACGAUAUACAGUAGAUGGUUUUCGUUCGACACGGUGGACUGUUCUCAUAGAAUCUGCGAACGGUGAAAAUAAAAAUGAAACCAUUGGACUUGUGUGUGUGUGUGUGUGUGUGUGUGUGUGUGUGUGUGGGGAGAAGAGCCUUGGGAAACAUGACACGACUUGCACAUGGUGAGAGAGAGGGAGAGGGAGAGAGAGAGACUUGGGAAGAGAUGGACUUCGUCCCGAGGGGGAGCAGAGGGGAAUUGAUCGUU